UACUGUAGCAACUACAUAAAUAUAUGGCCUAUAUCAGAAUCUGCAGAUUUUCCUAAAUUAAAAACUUAACCGCUUAUUAUUAUUAUACAUUAGGAUUUAAAAUGGGUCAAUUUAGGCAAACCGUCUCAAUUUUGGUAGUCAUCUCUGUCAUCACUGGUAAUCCGAUCUCAUCCCCGAUGUACCCUAUGGAUCAGACCCACUACAAGUGAUGGACAUCUACCUGCCGUCUGGGGAUAGUACCCGAGUAUCUAAAAUCAUCAUCGUGAUCCAUGGGGGUUCCUGGGGUAGUGGUGAUAGAGUAAGCAUGGGAGUAAUUGUGGAAUAUUUAUAAGCAACUUUUCCAGACUUCUGCAUCGUUAACAUGAACUUUAGACUUGGUUCCCCCGCCAGUCCCGGAUUUCCCAAACAGUUAGAGGAUAUCGACCAAGUUGUGACCUAUAUGAAAAACAUGUUCACACAGAGCGUAACCUUCGCUCUUUUCGGGGCAAGUUCCGGCGGUCAUCUCGCCACCUUGUAUGCCUACUCGUGGGACAAGAUUAACCAAAAUGUGAAGGUCGCCGUGAAUAUUGUUGGACCAUCUGAUCUUACCGAUCCCGCUUAUGCCAACCAUCCUGAGCGGGAACGACUCUUCAAUUUUGUCGGACCCUGCUUGAACACGGAAUGUCCGGAACAAUACGUCGCUGCCAGUCCGGUCUACCAUAUUGAUGCCAAUUCCCCCAAAACAAUUGGUUUCUUCGGAACCCUAGAUUUCAUAAUUCCGCCGUCACAAAUGUUCCUCCUACGAGACAAAUUGGUGGAGGCUGGUGUCAUCAGUAAGUUUACGAUGUGCCCAGGAGGACACUGGGACGAUUGGUCAGAUGAAAAUAAAAACAAUACAGCCGUGCAAAUCACGCAAUUCUUUAUAGAACAUUGGCAAUAAUUUGGGAAAUAAAAUAACAUGAAUUUAUAUCUUGUA